AUACGUUUUGUGUCUGAGACUUAGGCAGGUGCGGUUAGUUUCGUUUUGAGCGUGAGUGUGAACGUUGCAAGCGCGUUAAACAACACUUGUAGAAGAUAAAAAUUAAUAAUAAAAAAAAAAGAAAGAAGACAAAACAACACAAGAAAUUUGUAACAAUAAAAAAACAUAAUUUUUUUAAUUAUGAAAAUUAAAAAACAACAACCAACAAUGAAAAGUGUUUAAGAAGCCUAAACAGAAUACAGGUGAACCCUAAAAGAGUUCUAGACAAAGAAAUUUUGAGAAAAAAAAACUGAAGCAACAACAAUUUCAAAAAUAUCAACACUAACCAUUGAAAGGGUUUGGAUUGUUUGUGCAAUUAAGUGAUUAAUUUGUUUAAAAAAUUUUUAAUGAAAAGUGUGGUGGCCAUGAAAGAUUCAAUGACCAUAUUAACGCCGUCCCUUAAUGCCAGUGAACAUCAGAAAAUGUCCAAUCUCAAGCCAAAUCGUUCACGUUUCAUGAUCAAUGAUAUUUUGGCAGGCAGUGCCGCCGCGGCUGCCGCUGUGGAGGCGGCCAAUGCGGCGGCUGCAUUUUACAAACAACAACAGCAGCAGCAACAACAAAACAACAAUAAUAACAACAACAAUUCGGAACCUUCACAUUCCCCACCAGCCCAACACCAUCUUCAUCCUCAUCAGCCAUCACCUCCCCAUAAUUUGGCAACGCAUCCAUUGCAUCCUCUACACAAUGCCCAUGGCCAACAUCAUGCGUUGGGUCAGCCAUUGCCCUUGAUUGCUGGUCAUCACCCGGCCUUGGCUCAUCAUCAACAACAACAGCAGCAGCAGCAGCAACAACAACACCCUCAGCAUCCUCAUUCAAACCCUUCCCCCACCACUGGAUUAAGUUCAGCAGGCAUGACACAUCCCUUGGCGGCACAUAAAAUGCAUUUUCCCGUCGGCGCCACACAAAUGGGUUCGAAUGGCCUGAAUGUGGCCCAAUAUGCGGCCGCCAUGCAACAACACUAUGCCCAGGCGGCAAAUGCAGCGGCCGCCGCAAGAGCUGCAGCUGUGGAGCGCAAUCAUGGAGCGGAAUUAGAUGAUAGCAGUGAUUACCAGGACAACGAGGAUUGUGACAGCGAGAAUGGCAGCGGUGGACAUAUGGAUGACAACAGCGUUUGUAGUAAUGGAGGCAAAGACGACGAUGGCAACAGUAUUAAAAGUGGCUCCACCAAUGACAUGAGUGGCCUGAGUAAAAAGCAACGCAAAGCACGCACCGCCUUUACCGAUCAUCAGCUACAGACACUGGAGAAAUCUUUCGAACGACAAAAAUAUUUGAGUGUCCAGGAAAGACAAGAGUUGGCACACAAAUUGGAUCUCAGUGAUUGCCAAGUUAAGACUUGGUAUCAAAAUCGAAGAACCAAAUGGAAACGCCAAACUGCUGUUGGCUUAGAACUCUUGGCAGAGGCUGGUAACUUUGCCGCUUUCCAACGACUCUAUGGUGGAUCACCCUACAUUGGAGCCUGGCCCUAUCCAGGCGCACAGUCUGCUCAUGCUGGUCAUCCACCUAAUUCAAUUGAUCUGUACUAUAGACAGGCGGCAGCGGCAGCUGCUAUGCAAAAACCUUUGCCCUACAGUCUUUACGCUGGCGUACCAAAUAUGAGUCAUUUGGCUGGUCUACCAGUGGCGGCAGCUGCCGCAACUCCUUUCUCGCAUCUCACAGCCUCGAGUUCAUUGUCAUCGCUUAGCAGUUAUUAUCAAAGUGCUACAGCAGCCCCGACAAACCCCCCAACCUCACCUCCCCAUGCAGCGAAUGGUGGUGGAGCGGCCACUGCCACAACAUUGGGCGUUAUCAAGCCCAUACCCACCAGUCCCUCACCAACCCCCUUAGCAGAGUCUUCACCAGCACAUGCGGCGGUAACCCGUUCUCCCAGUCCUACACUAAAUCCUGGUAGUCCCCCCGGUCGAUCUGUAGAUAGCUCGUCACAACAUCAAUCCGAUGAUGAGGAUCACAUACAAGUUUGAGUUUAAAGUUCGGAAAGUUCAACUUCGGAUAUGAGAAGAAUAAAUCGUAUGAGAUUAUUGAUGUGGUAAAAACGCCAACGAUAUUGGGUAUUAUUUCUGGGACCCUGGCAAGGACAUUGUUUAAACGUUAUGGCGAAACUGGCUCAAACACUUUUAACAUAGCAUAACACAGUAGUUCCCCUUUGUAUGUAUGUAUUAUUGUUAAUUAUUAUAAUUGUUUUGUUUUAAUUUUUUAACAAAAAAAGGACAUUAAAUUAUGUAUGAAGAAAUCAACAGCAAAGAUAUUUAGCUUUUAAUUUUGUAUAGUUGUAUAUUAGUGUGUAU